AUGGUCGUCCUCCCGACGCGAGUCGCCUAUGAGGUCUUGCUCCAGCCCCCAGUUUUUGAGAGCCAUCGAGGCGAGCCGCCGCCUCCCCUGGUGUCACUAGCGGUGCCUUCUGCCACGGGGUCAGCGGCGUCCACGGCAGGGUCGGCCUCUCGCACAUUGGUGAAAGAAGGAACAGGGGAAGGCGGAGGGCGUCGUCGUCUCAGCGACUUUUCGCGGGACGGCGGCGGCAGCGACGGCAGCGACGGUUUGAUUUUGAGCAAGAAGGCCGGGUGGCGUGGCCGCCGGGUUCUUCAAACAGAUGACAGUGGUAGUUUCACAUACACCACGCGGACACAGUUCGAUCUCUGCGCGGCGCCGGGCUCGGAGCUCGAAGAGGACGCUCUUAGGGCCGGGAUCAUGGACGUGUUCGAAGUGGAGCAGGAGCAGACUGAGGGCACUGCCGGCACCGUGGAGAAAAGGGAGGUCAUGGAGUUCUGCGACGAUGGCAGCGAGGAGUGGACGAUUGCCAUCGGAAACGAACCGUCCGACACGCAGAGUGCGGCGGUCAUCAGCGCUGGGCAGAUGGAACUUGUCCGGUCGUCGGAGUUCACGACUCUGCUCGCGGCAUCUUUGGAGGAUUCGAACCUGACUGUUGACCCUGCCGGGCUCACCUACAGCUCCCUGGGGUACAUUGUGCUUUACGACGAGGAACAGGCGGUGACCGCGGCAAACUCGGACAGCCUCGACAGCGACUUCGUCGCGUUCCGGGGGCCCGACCAGUGGUGGCCGGGACACGCGGGGCCCCCCAGCCCGUCCGGCGCGGGCGGCGGACCCGGGAUGUUCGGCGGCAGCACCAGGGGGGGCACCGGGAAGGAGGUCGGGAAGGGCGGCGGCGGGGGAAACGCGGACUGGAUCGCGCAGCAGUAUGAGAAGGGAGGGGGAGGCGGAGGCUACGGAGACAAGGACUUUAACGACGCCGCGACGGGCAUCAGCGUUUACUCCCCCCGGGACGAAGUGGCCACGUCGGGAAGCGGUGUGGACUCGGCGACGGUCGUCCAGGCUGCGGAAAGCCCGGAAUUGGCGUCGGGCGAAUGGCCGGAGGCGAUGGAAAGUGGCGUGGGCAUGACCGGGGUCACCUACACAAGUAACUCUCGGGGGGGCGCGAGCACGGUAGCUUCUCAGCAAGGAGACGAGGCGACCGCCGUACAAUCCGCGGAGGCUGACCGCGCCGCCGGCGUCGACCCGAGCCGCCGCGAGCACGACACGUCCACCUCGGCCAUCAGCAUGAACCCCCUGGUCACCUCGGACUCUUUCAACCCUGCCGCCUCCGGCAGCGGCGACGGCCGGGUGCCCGGCGGUUACAUUGGAGACUCCGCCGCCAGCCUGGAGAGCAGCCGGAAGAGCAGCGAGGCGUCGUGGGGCGCUUCCAGGAAGACGGUCACGCCGGGGGACUCCGGGCUCCUCGAGACGACCGAGGAAGCGGAGGAGGGGGAGAGUCCCGCCCCGCUGAUCAGCGGGCCCAGCGGGCGGACCCUGGGGAGCGCGGCAGCGGCGCUGGGCGGCGAGGACAGCCAAGACGAGGACGGGAGGAUCGGGAGCGGCAGCGCGGUCGGGGGCGGCGGCGGUGGCAGGGCGCAGAGCGCGGUCUCGUACCGAACGGAGGACGAGUCCGCGUCGGUGCAGUCGACGAGCACCCUCGCCGCCCUCGAGGCCAAGGCGGAGGCGGAGGCCUACGAGGCCGAGCUCGCGGCGUCGGCACGGGCAUCGGCACCGGCGUCGGCACCGGCGCCGGUGGCCGAGGUCGGCACCGGCAGCAUCGACGGCCCCGCUGCGGUGGUCACCGCCACGAGCACGAGCACGGCCGUCCCUGGCCUGCCCCCGUCCGGCCGGUCCUCGUCCAACAGCAGCAGCCGCAUCCAGUCUGUCGACUACCCGGCGUCGAGGGUGGCGAGGUCUCGGGCGGCGUCCAACAGCAGCUCGGCCGAUGAGCUAAGCCAGAGGGACCUCACGGAAGAGGAGCGCCAGAUGCGUGUGGAAGAUUCGGAGGCGGCCCGCGCGGCGUCCGUGCUUCGCGGCUCGUCGUUCAAGACGCCCCUCCACCCGGACCUCGAGCACGCCAUCGCGGUGGAGCAGCAGGAUCGUCGCCGGCAAGCGGUGCAGGGGUUGGAGGCCAGCCGCGCCCCGGACUCGGGCACCGGCGCCGCUGAACCCGUCGAUCUCGGCUCCCCCGCCGACCUCCCCGCGGAGGUGGUGGCGGCAGCGAUAACGGCAGCGGCAGCGGGAGACGCCGAGAAGGAAGGCGAGGCUGCUGCAUCCCCGUCUCCCGCGGCCACCGGGUUCAUGGGCAAGGUUGUCGCGGGCAUGGGCAUGAGCCGCUUCUUCGCCCCCCGCUCUCCGGCCAACACGCCUUCUGCUGCCUCUGCUGCUGCCGCCGCUGCCGCUGCAGACGGCGCGGAGCCCACGGCCGAAGUGGAGGCCACGGCGGCGGGGGACUCCGAGGCGGUCCCUGCACAGUAUGUUGCUGCGGCCGGUGCCGUCGCUGGCGUGCCGCCGCCGGAAGAAGCGCAAGCGGGAGACGCGGGCGCAGACGCCGCUGCUCCGGUCAUGGGCGAAGGCGCAAACGCCCACAAGGCCGGCGCUUCUUCGCGAGAGGAAGGGCGGCCGGAGCAAAAGCUGCCGUCUCCCUCGGAGGCGGGGGCGGGGGCGGCGGCUGCCGCUGCCGCGGCGCCGGCCGCGCCCUUGGGUCCGGAGGAGGCAAGGGCCUACUCGGAGAACGUGGACCGCACCCUAGAGGGGCUACCUAUUGACGAUGGCGGUGUUUCCAUGCCCAUGAGCGAGCUGCUGGCGAGGGCGGAGCUCGAAGCCUCCGCCGAGCACCCGGCACCGGCGGCGGCGCUCGCCCUGCUGCAGCAGUCAGUGGCGGGGUCUCAGUCCCCCUCGCUAGACAUGGCCCGUCUCCUUUACAACGCAGAGGAGGGAGGGAUGACUCUGGAAGAGGUGGAAGCUUGCCUGGCCUCCCCCAUCGUUGCCACGCCCCCGGCCCUGCUCCGGCCGGGCGUCGGGGCCGCACGCGGCGGGCCCGGUGCCCCUCGCGGCCGCGGCCUCCUGCAGAGGAACAGCGCCUCGGGUUCAUACAUUUCUUCCAGGUCGACUUCAAUCACCGAGGACAUGAUGUCCAACAACAACCUCACGGAGGACGACAUGUCCUCGGACGCUCAAACCACCGACGUCAGCCGCACGAGCUCUUUCGUCGCCACCGGCAGCAGCUUCGAGGAAAACCCCGCGCAAUCCCAAGCCGCCCGCAACCGCUUCCUGGCGGGCGGCGCGGGCGCCGGCGUCGGCACCAGCACCAGCGCCAGCACGAGCGACUCGGUGGCAUCAGGGGCGGCGGCGGCGGCGGCGGCGGCGGCGGGGACCAACCCUCCCCCCGGCGGGGGCAACCUUAGCAGUCUCGCCGAGCGCCUCGCUCGCGCCGAAGAGACGGUGGGCCGGGAACACGAGAAGGGAUUGCUGUACCGCCAGGGUCCCGAGGGCGUCGCGGCAGCCGUAGCCGGCGAGGAGCUCCCCCUCCCCCCCGGAGCGGCGGCUUCCCUUCCUAGGGUGAUCAGGGGCGGCGCCGGGAGAUCCAGCAUGUCCGGCGGAGGGUCGUCGACCGGCGAGAAGGUGGAGUCGCUGGCGGACCUCCUCGCGCGCGCCGACGAUGGCCCGGGGAACCUGAAGGAGACCUUCCGCCUGCUGGACGACAAUGAGGCCCAGAGGCUGGAGGAGUUGAAUGCUGCGGCGAGCGCCGAAGAUGCUGAUGAUGACACCAAGACUAGGUGGCGAGGCAGCCUAGCGGAGCUGAUGUUGAAGGUCGAUCGCUCCGGGAACCUUCGCGACAUCCUGGACAUUGGAUCCGACACCUCCGAGAGCGCCAGCGCCUCCGAUGGCAAGAGUGCUAGCGCGUCCGACGGCAACCGCGGCGGAGCGCUCUCAUCGGAGACCGACUCUACCUCCGGUAGUGUGCCACAGACGGGCCAGGCCGCCGCUCCACAAGCUCGGCCCGAAUAG